UGAGGUCGCGCUCUGCGCAUUUUUAGACAUUGAAGGAGCCUUCGACAACACCUCACAUGAGGCAGUAGAUCGAGCUCUAGAGAAAAGAGACGUAGCCGUCCCGAUUCGAAGAUGAAUUACUCGAGUUACUAUCCAAUAAUGGCAUAAUGUGCCAAGGAUACGCGGAUGAUAUAGUAAUCAUAGCGAGGGGCAAAAUUGAGAGCGCCCUCUGUGAUAUAGUACAAAGAGCACUUACCCUAACGAAAAGGUGGUGCGGCACAGUGGGCCUCAACAUCAAAACCGCCAUCAUUCCGAUUACCAAGAGAGGGAAGCUCCCAGCCAUGCACCCCAUAACACUAGGAGGUAUAGAGCUAGAAAUGUGCAAUGAGGUAAAAUAUCUGGGGGUCAGGCCAAUAGCUACAUAUGGAGCGGUGGCGUGGUCCCAGAGGAUCACUUUUAACACAGUGAGAGCAUCGCUCUCCAAAGUCCAGCGGCGGGCGUGUACAUGCAUAACGGGUGCCAUGCGAACCUGCCUCACCGCUGCCCUGGAGGUCAUUUUGGACCUGACGCCACUGUACAUAGUUAUAGAACAGAUUGCCAAAAAAGCCCUCCUCAACUUUAUGAAGGAGGGCACUGGCAGGGGGAAAGUGAUCUCGAGCAGAUUGGGAUAUGAAAUUAGAUCUAAGAUCCCCAUCUCCCAGCUCAACAGGGAUGACAUGAGUACAACGAAGAUCUUUGAAAAGAAAUUCAGGAUCGAACUAGGCAACAAAGCGACCUGGAAUGAGACAAACUUAGAAAACACCUUCAAGGCUCACACCCAAAGGUGGUUCACCGAUGGCUCAAAAACCGACGAAGGGAUAGGAGCAGGAAUAUUUGGCCCAAGGGCCAAGAUCUCCAUCCCCCUGGGUAAUUACCCCAGUAUUUUUCAAGCGGAGGUUUACGCCAUAAGUGCUUGCGCGGAAAUAAUUCUGCAGAGACAAGCAAGACUGCAACAUAUAGUUAUCUGCAGCGACAGUCAGGCUGCAUUAAAGGCCAUAUCCUCAUGUGAGAUUAAAUCACGAGUGGUAUGGGAAUGUGUAGCGAGAUUAAACAUCCUGGGGGAAAAUAAGGCACUACAACUGGUGUGGGUCCCGGGCCACAAAGGCAUACAGGGAAACGAGGAGGCUGAUAGACUAGCAAGAGAGGCCGCAGCCACUUGACCCAUAGGCCCUGAACCCUUCCUUGCAUUGGGGUCUCAGGCUAUCAAGGGGGAGUUAAGAGCAGAAGAGCGAAGUCUAAGAAAAGCUCUUUGGGAGAACACGCCUGGGCUAAGACAGGCGAAAGAACUUCUGGGAGGAUAUAACCUCAAAAGAUCUAGGGAACUAAUAACCCUUCCGAAGACUAACCUGAGAUUCUUAACAGGAAUGCUAACUGCGAAACAGUGCAGGCGAUUUGUGUCGGUACUGCGAUGUGACACCAGAAACCCCACGGUAUCUCCUAUUGGAAUGCGAUGCGGUUGCGAGAAGAAGGCUAACACACCUGGGAAAGAUGUGGCCAGAGGCUACGCAUAUACACUCUCUACCUCCCUCAAAACUUCAUCAGGGCAUUGGGAUUGGACGAACGUAUUAUUUUGAGUUGUGUCUCUUUUGAAGACGGGGUGCGAUAUGCUGUUACAACAACCACAACCGCAUUUCACAGAGUGAACGAUAAGAAACGUUUGUCAUUGUUCUUCAUUUUUCGCAAUCAUCAUAUAACAUAAUUUUUAAGUGAAUUGUCAU